CUCCAGCCUGGGGGCCUCGAACUCUGCAAAAAUACCGCAAUGGCACCCACAAGGACCCCAACCGAGUCGACGUCGCCCUGGCUCGCCGACGAGGACGAGCGGCUGAAGAGCCUGGUGGAGCAGUACGGCUCGUCGCGGGGCAAGGAGAGCCGGUGGACCGAGGUGGCGGCGCGCAUGCCCGGGCGAAGCGUCAAGGCGUGCCGCAAGCGCUGGUUCUAUUCCCUCGACCCCUCGGUGAAGCGGAGCAACCGGUGGAAGCCAGAGGAGGACGCGCAGCUGCUUGCGCUCGUCGCUCUCCAUGGGAAGAGCUGGGUGCGCGUGGCGCAGGACAUGCCGGGGAGGACCGACGACAUGUGCUCGGCGCGCUUCUACAACGUCCUCGAGACAUCGUCGCGGGAGUGGGGCGCCGACGAGGACGCGACGCUGCUCCUGCUCCACGACGAGCUGGGCAACCGAUGGAGCGAGAUUGCGCGGCAGCUCGAGGGGCGAAGCGCGCUGGCCUGUCGCAACCGGUGCCGCAAGUUCCACGCGCUGGCGACGCGCACAAAGUCGGGAGACGAGCAAAAGUGGGCGACGGCGGCUGCGGCCGCGGCGGCAACGGCGGCGGCAAAUGCCAGCGAAUGGCAGUCCUGUGGGCCGAGCGAAGAUGCGUCCCGGCGAAACAGCGACCAUUCCGUCCUCGCACACGACGUCCUGGACGAGCUCGACGACUUCGACUUUGGCUCGCCCGCGCAACUGGCAAGCACCUCGUCGCAACUGUCGGACCAACAGACCGAGGCACAGAGCGCAGACUGGGCUGCGCUUGAGGCCAUCCUGGGCAGGCUCCUCCCCAACCAGGGCGACGCCGAUGUUGCGCUUGGCUUUGUUCGCCACCUGAGCUGGCAGUCGUAGUUGUCCGCUGGCUCCAUCGUUCCAGCAUCAUGGACAUGCCCGGUGGGCCGCACAUCCGUAGUCCAUCGUCGCACCCCAGGCUGCCGAGGGGGCCGAUCAAGAUUCAAAUCCUGACGAGCACCGUACGCGGCCCUCGGAGAAGACGCUAGCAGACCGCACCCUGCGUCAUCCGAGUCAUCUCCUAGCAGAACAAGUGUGUCUUCCUAACCGCUCGCUGGAGAGUCACCCUUUCAGUCAAAGCGUGGGAGGAGUCGCAGCUCUGCGCAUUGCUCGUGUAGUGCGGUCUGAGUACGCAUUGUAAUAUAUUCAGC